AAUCAUAGCAACGCAGAGAGUCCAUGACGACGAUGGUCGCGAGAUCGUGGAUCAUGUGUUGGAAUGCGACAGUGUUUAAGAACUUCACACAGAUCAAAUAGUUGAAAGCUCGCGCUGUCCUGAGCGAUAAGCAUGGGAUGUGGGAGCUCCAAAAUCACGGUGGUCGAACCCGUAAAACCAAGAGGUCUGAACGGAAAUGAGACUGAAACUCUGGAGUUUGUUGUACAGGGAGGCUCUCGCGGUGACUCUGCCGUGUCCAAAAUGACCACAGACAGCGGGGUCAGUCUGGAUGCAGCGGAGCCAACAGUUCUACCUGGAUCUGUACCUAGAAUGCUGCCACCACUACAAGCCCAGAGUCCUGGACUGGCCCAGCAAAGCGAAGAGAGGCCCGAUUCCAGUGAGAUCCUGGAGCAGCUGCUUGUUCAGGGAAUCAUUCCAGCUCAACCAAGACAGGGAGGAAGUGGGGAAGCCUACAACAUCAUGAUGGAUGAUGCUGAGAAGCCAAAGAGAAGACCUGCUCGGCUAGAGUCACUGAAAAUUCGCAAAGAACAAGAAGUCACCAGAAAGGAAGACAUUGAGAUGAAGAUGAGACAGGUGGAGGAGAGGAGAAAGGAGAAGGAAGACCUGAAACGCAGGUUGAGGAUUAAAUCAGCACGGCCGAGUUUCGCUGCCCCAGUGACCGCAGACGGGGAACUCGACCCCUUGGAACUGCUCCAUUCCGAACAGCUUCCUGUCCCAACCAGAACCAAACAGCUGCAAUCAAUGGAGCCAGUCAAUGGAGAGUCUGAGGACCAAAGACUUAAUGAUUCCCCAGAACUGGAAAAUGACUCCACCUUCCAACAGACUGAAGACACAGAUGAGGGAUUUUAGACCCGCUGCUUGUGUGUGUGUUUCAGAAUGAAACUACAUACAGAAGCAGCUUGAUCUAGCGAGAUUUCCUAAUGUACAUUCUUAGAGUUGCACAUGCACUUUACAUGUUAUUCACUUGAUUAAUCUUGUUUAUUUUAAUGCAGGGUAUGGCUCAGAUCAAAUUCUGACUUUGGGUUUUACAUUAUCAUGGACAUAUGUGCCUAAUAAGUGUAAACAGGUUGAUGCAGUCAUUAUGUAUGUAGCAGAACAAUGAUUAGAAGGGUUAACAAUUCAGCAUGAUAUAUACUAUAUGCAAGUUGCCAGUUAGAUAUUUCUUUCAUACUUGAAUUUUAAGAACAUUAUUCUUUCUCAAAAGUUUGGG